UUUAUUUUGACACCAGCUGAUUAUGUACCACUGAGUCGUUCUACUUGCAACUUUUCGUGUCGUACUUUAUACUUAGCUCAUUUGCUUUAAAUUUUGAUGACACGCACGAAUUACUAAAGCUUUCGCUUACGAGCGAACUUCUAUGGCUGGAAUUUGUAGGUGAUUGCGACUCUUUUAUACACAUCUGAAUAGAAGGAAAAAGAAAAUGGCAGACAUCAAAUCUUUGGAGCACCCGACACUCAAGGUGCCUUACGAGAUACUGAAUAAAAAAUUCAGAGCUGCGCAAAAGCAGUUGGACCGAGAAGUGUCCCAUGUGCAAGUUGCGACCAGUGAACUUGAAAAGGGUCUCAAAUCAGAGAAUGUUGAUCCUCAGGAAAUAAGCAGGAUCCUGGGCGGAAUGGUCGAGAGACUGCAAGUGCUGAAGCGGAAGGCUAAGGAGAGCAUUACUGAAGAGUUGGAUGCUGCUCAUGUUUGCAAGAAGAGACUGGAGCACUUGAAAGAGUAUGCCUCGCCACACUCGAACACAAUGAACUUGUGGCGGAGGCGCCGGCUGGACAGGAUGUUGGUCGAGUACUUCCUUCGUCGAGGCUACUACGGAGCGGCCCUGAAGUUGGCCAACGAAUCUGAGUUGCAGGAAUUGACAAACCUGGAGGUUUUUCUUGUUUCAAGAGAAGUGGAGCAGAGUCUCGCCGAGCACCAGACGGCAAAGUGCCUUGCUUGGUGCCACGACAACAAAAGCAAACUGAGGAAGCUCAAGAGCUCCAUGGAGUUCAACAUCCGCAUCCAGGAGUUUGUUGAACUCAUCAGGUCUAACAACAGGAUGGAUGCUGUCAAACAUGCGAGGAAAUACCUCUCGCCCUACGAAGAUGACCAGCUGGCCAGUUUCAAGCGCUGCAUGGCUCUCUUCAUUCUUCCCGGUGACACGCAGCUCUCUCCGUACAAAGAGUUACUGGAUGAAAAUCGCUGGACUACCCUCAUCGAGCAGUUCCGUCAUGAGAACUACCGCUUGUUCCAGCUCUCCACUCAGUCCGUUUUCACUGUAGCACUCCAAGCUGGACUUUCAGCACUCAAAACUCCGCAUUGCUAUGCUUCUAAUGAAGAUAGGAACCCCAGCUGCCCGGUGUGCAAUGAGUGUCUGAACGAGCUGGCCCUGCCUCUGCCAUUUGCCCAUUGCUCGCAGUCUCGGCUGGUGUGUUUCAUCUCCGGACUUCCUCUGAACGAGCACAACCAGCCCAUGAUGCUACCCAAUGGAUUCAUCUACGGAGAAGUGGCUCUUCGGCAACUUGCUUCGGAUAACAAUGGUCAGAUCAUCUGCCCGCGGACGAAGGACGUGUUUCCCUUGAAACAGGUUGAAAAAGUGUUCGUCAUGUAAAAAGAAAGUGUGAUACCAUUACGGUUAGCUAUUAGUCUCUUCUUAAACUCCCUUAUUGUAAUUAUUAUUAAAGGACUGCUAUUUUAUGGAAAAUAUAAGAGUGAUUGAUCCUAUAAAGUGUCAUAAAAAAAAGUAAAUUAUAUAAAUUGUAUUAUUUCAGUCCGCAGAUACCUUAAUAUUUUAAUGCUUUUGUCCCUAAUGUGGAAAUAUCAAAUUUAAAGAUUUGUUUUUUGGCGCUUGCCACAAGCGAAAUGUAUUAAUAGCUAAUGUCAUGUGAUGACUGCGCCAUACUGUGCUAGGAAACAGGAAGGGCUCGACCAAGGAAGGAUAUUAUGUUUUUUGAUAAGGACUCGAUAGUGCGCUUUAGUAGAAUUUUCAAAAGAUUUUAAGUUAUUGUGUUAAAAAUUUUGCUAAAAUUUAUGAAGAUGAGGACCUGGACGUCAGUCUUUAUUUUAACUAUGUCAGCACUUAAUGUUCAUGGGUGCAAAGUCAAGUCAAUAGAACUAAACAGAUGUUUGCACGUAUUUUUGGAAAGAGAUUUUCUCUCCAUGGAAAUGAUUGUGUUUCCUAAAUUUUCUCCUCAUAACGAUGUAAACAGAUGCAAAGCUCCAUACAAAGACCGAGUGACGUUGGAAGGACCAAGCUUGGAAGAUAAUUGCAA